ACUCUCUUCAAAUACCUCAGCCUGGGCUAGUGCAACGGCGAUUACGCAGUGUUUCGUUGGUGCCUCGUUCUAGUCGCGCGUUAGUCCUUACUGUGAAGAGUCUCACAUAAGCCAGCCAUUUGAAAAUUCCGGUUUUUUUCGUGCGUCCGUGAUUGUAUUGUGAGUGGUGGUCCGUUGAAAUGGCCACCGACCGUCGCAGUGUGUGUGGCAAAAGGUUUUGCACUUAAGCGCUACCACGACCUGAAGACAUUGUACACUGUACGCGUAUAGUAUAAUCAGGUCGCAACGAGGGAAUUGGCAAAAAUGGAACAAAUUAAAUUUUCCAAAGUGUUUUUAAAACAUUACAAAACUAAGUUAUGAGAAAAACUAUGCCACCGCAAAGCAAAAACUAAAUAACAAGGCAAAGCGUGACAAGGAAGUGUGUUAAAAGUGCGAAGCUCAAAACAAAACACAACUAAACACAACGAACUUUUGCAAACUCGUUAAGUGACAGCAAACAUUAAUAAUAAAAUUUAGCUGCGCAGUAAAAACAAAGCGAAACGCUCACAUAUAUCAACGCCAGCUGUGAAGGCGGUCCUGAGUUGGCAACUGCCAGCUUAAGCAGUUUUGUUGUGGCGAUAAAUAAGACUACUUAUUUCUAGAAUAAAAAAAAUAUAGAACAACAGCCACAAGAUGGCGCUAUGCAAACACAAAAACAAAACGACAACAAAUUAUUGAGCUGCAAUAAAUAUAAGCGUAAUAUUUAUUGCAACAAUCAAUAAAAACAACUAAGUACACUUCCACGUACAGCACUCUUACAAACAGCCAGUGAGCAGCUAAAGCACCGCCUCCCCUCAGCAACAACUCCAGCGCAGCGAAACUUUUGGCAAAACACACAAAUAUCGAGCUACGCCGAGCGCCAGCGCGCGGCAAGCAGCGAGCUGAGAGUCAGUCAGAUCAGAUCAGUUCGAAUUGUUGUGAAACAAAUUGCUUGUUACAAAACUACAACAACAAUAGAUAACGCCUGUAUACGAAGAAAGAAUAUAAUACACCAUAAAACCAACAAAACCAACGCUUACUCUACAACAACGCCGCAAAUAAGUCCGUCCAGUGAUAUAUAAACAUAAUUUUUUUCGCUUUUUUCCAAUUAUUUUUAUUUUUGUUGUUGCCACAUUACGUCAAAUGCAACAGAAAUGUAUUGAAUAAUAUCCAAAAUCGUUGUGAAAAAGUGAAAAAGAAAAACCCAAAACUAAAGCAAAACAAAAACAAAAAAAUAAAUAUUUCGAUAUAAAAUAUAAGCAAUGCUCCUACGCCUUCAAUUCUAAACUUAGACACGGCAAUAAAGCGCAAGUACAUACAAACAUUUGUCUUGUUUUUACAACUAAAUAUAGCAAUACAAUUCACUAAGUUAGUAAACUAUAAGUUUUUAUGACGUGCAUACAAAUAAAGCGCAUAAAUUUAUAAUAAACAGCUUGGAAAAGGUUAAAUAACUUUGUGUGAAGCGGAGACCAAGCACUACUAACAACCCAAACACACAUUUAUAUACACAAAUACUUACAAACAUAAUUGUGUGUUGGUCAGUGGACGUAUUGACUCGGCUAUAGAUAGCUUCAUUAUUGAAUAACCAACAACAACUAGAGUCAGCAACAGCAACACCAAGUGGAAUAUGCUGACUCAGUCAAUACACAGGCGACCACUUUGAAGCACACGCAUUCCGAGUUUUUGCCUAAUAAUUGACACUGUAUACUAAAACAACUAAGCAGUAGAAAUUGUUGUUGUUAUUUUUGUGCUUUUCCAUACGCCUCAAAUGUCAACUUUGUCAUCAGCAUAUGAAUUUUUGAUGCACACGCACAACGGCGAGGCACAGACGACUUAGGCAAACAGCGCCUCAAGGCAAGGCGAGCGAGCAGGGUAUCCUCGCAGUAGUAGUGCGUGUUUGCCCGACAAACACAUAGACAUAUUUGUGUGCACAUAAAAUAAUUAAAGUAUAAAAUUUUUAAAUACCCAAAGCUAUAAAAUAAUUACGCAUCUACACAUGCGACACUGCGCCACUGCGCCACACACUAAUUGCCGCCCACCAGCGCGCACAAAACGCUGCAGCGUGUGCAUAUGUUGCGUGGGAUGCUAAUUGAAUGUUCAGUUAUAACUCAAACACUGACAUAAAGUGUGUAAAGAGCGGAGAGACAGAAGCGCAGCAGCCUUUGAAGAUAAAUAUAUGAGCGCACAUUGCGUUGGCUUUGGGCCACCACUGCGUAUGAGUAACGCCGCAGAAAGGUAAUUAAUUGUUGGUUGCCAGUGAGUACCACGCAUAAAUAACAACACCAGCAAGUAACAGUAAAACAUUAAAAAGGUGUUAAGCAGCAAGAUUUAAAGGCACACGCACGCUCACGCUCGUGUCUGUGUGUGAGUGAUUGUGGCUGUGUGCGUUACUUAAAGCGCGCGCGGCGAAUAAAGGCUCUAACUGCAAAAGGUGGUUGUGAGUAGCGGUUUUUUGUAUCUUUCGUUGCGUGGUCGGCGUUGGAGCAAGCAACUGCCUUCAAGUUUACCAAACUGAAGAGCGCGCUUAACGAGCAAAAAGCUUAAAACUUAAUUAAGCGCAUAUGAGUGAUUGGUGCAAAGGCAGCGAGCUGAAUAAAUCUGUUUGUAACGUCUAAUGCGCAAAAUAAUUGAAUAAAAUACAAAAAGACGCGCCAGUGAGACGUGCCAAGCACCGAGUGAGUAGCGCGGAGUUGAGUCUCAGGAGUUAUAUAAGCGCAAACAGUUUUUGGAAAGCCGAAAAUUUAACUUGAACAGAAACAGUGAGCGCCGCAAAGAGCCAAAAAGUCGAAAAUAAGUCACAAAUAAGUCCGGCGAAUAACAAAUUCACGAAAGCGCUCAAUAAUUUACGUGAAACUUUGCAGCGGAACUGCACUGCGGAAGCCAAUAAAGACAGACAAUUCCAAAAUUGAAGAAUUGGCGCAAAGCAAAAAAAGCACUUUGCAAUUCAAAUCAAAUGAAGUUACUAGACACAAGCGCGGUAGCAUAGCAACGAAUUACAUAUAAGAAAAGCAACAACAACAAAAUGUUAUAAGUAGCACGAGUUGGAAGUAAAAAGCGGAAAAAGUCAAACUUCUAUAUUUUCAACGCACAGACAUAAGAAUAUUUCAUUUCACUUCAUUUCAUCUCUUGCCACUUGCGCGCCAAACGAGCAGUCAAAUGAAUUGUGCUGCACACGAAAGCGAAAAAAACAGUAAACACUUGAAAUGAAAUGAAAGCGGAAUCCGUAGCGAAGAAACUUUCAGCGUUAAACAGCGCUUUGACACGACAAUAGGACACAGCGCCGAACAAGCCACAGACAGACAGGCGCAUUAUAGCAACAACAACAACAGCAUAGUCGUAGCAGCAGUGGCAAUCAAAAUAAUACGCUAGGCGACACAGUGACAGUUGAUUUCACACAACAACAACAACAGCAAAGCGGAUAAGAAGCAGCUUUAAAUACUACAAAAACAACAACAAAAUAACUGCAGCUAUAACAAACCAAAUAGAGGACACAAAUACAAAUGCGCCGCAUAAAUCGUUGUAGUCCAACUGACAGUUUGUCUACUAAAGCGUUCAUUUCAGCGCUUGCGAAAGGCGGAGCAAGCCGCAAAUAAACGAAAAAGAACAAGAGCAAGUAUUAAUAAAAAUAAAAUAAAAGCUAAUGCAAAAAGUAGUGGCACAAAAGCAAAUAUUGUGGCUUGUCAUUUGGCAGCUAUACAUGUGUAUAUGACACUAAUACCAACAACAACUUAAAAUCGCCGAAGCAAAAACAAGCCGACACACACACAUAAAGGAGGAAUAGGAAAGGAGGAUAAGUGUGAGCAUAUAGAGCACACAAGCGGCACAGAAAUUGAAAUAUAUAAAUAUAGCGAGUCGCGUAGACUUACAAGCAGCGAGUUAGGCGUGACAAGCGGCGAAUAGAAGUAAGGAAGAGCGAAUGCAACUACCCUGUGAUAUAUAUAAAUUGCACUGUAACUUAAUUUAAAAUUAAAAAAAAAACUAAUUAAAUAAUUUUAAUAAUUAAAAAAAUAAUAAUUAACAAUUAAAAAAAUUAAAAGAAAAUUAAAAAUUAAAAAAAUUAUAGAAUAAAUUAAAAAAGUUAAAUUAAUAUUGAUUAAAAAAAUAAAUGAAAAAAAAAACAAAUUAAAAUUAUAUUAAAAAAAUUUAAAAAAAUAAAAAACUUGAUUAAGUAAAUUAUUAAAAAAAUAAUAAAUUAAUAGAAAUUAAUUUGAAAAAAAAAACAAUAUUUUGAAUUAAAAAUUUAGUAUUAAAGUAAAUAAAUUUUCUCGAAAAGCUACAAAAAAUAAGACGCAAAAUAAUUAAAAUACGAACAAGCGCAGACACUCGAAUGCAUGUGAUUAGCAGAACGCAUGAAUAUAAAAAGUAUUGAAAGCAUAUAUGAAAAACAUAAAAAUAAAUUAUAAAAAAAUUUAAAAAAAUAUACUAAAAUAAAUAAAUAAAUUACAAUAAAAUUUAAAAAAAAAUACAGAACUCGUAACAAAAAUAUUGCAGAUAAUUAAACAAAUUAAUUAAUUAAUUAAUAAAUCAAUAAAUAAAAUAUUAAUAAUUUUUAAUAAAAAAAUCACAUUUAAAAUAAUAACAAAAAUAAAAAUCAAACAAAUUAGAAAAAUAAACAAAAAAACUUAAAGAAAAAAAGUAUUUUUAAUGAUUUUCGGCGAAACUUAAAGCAAAAUUAGAAAUUGUGACGCUAACUAGAAGCAAAUAGCGAAAUAAAAAAUUAAAAAUUAAAAACUAAAACUAAAUUAAAAAAAAAAAACAUUUAAUUUCCCAAAAUCUUUAAAAGCUAUAUUUAAAACACACGCAAUUACUUCGUAACACUUCAGCGCGGCGCUAUCAACGAUUAUUGAUUCGACGUUUACAACAACAACAGCGACUCGUGGUGCUGUGUCUUCAUACACUUGCUCAAUAAACAUAUGUAAACGCAACAGACAACAAAAACAACAAGCGCUCGAAUAGCAACAACAACAACAACAACCACAAUAAUUAAUAUCACCAACACAACAACAGCGGCAAACAGAAUACGCGAAAAAUGGGUGACGAACAAGAAGAACGCACCUUCAAGGAGAAGAUGCUCUUCUACACCACUGCCUUCUUCAUACUACUCGGCACAUUCAGUAUGUUUGCAUUCCUCUUUCUCGUGCCGUUUGUCAUAGAGCCCGCCUUCACGACGAUCUUCAUGCAAUUCGAAGAGGUGCCCGCCUUGUGUGAAACCUACGAUGUGGAGACAUAUUUCGGCGCCAAGAAUUGCUCGUGGGCGUCAUGUCGCGAGGGCUGCACAAAGGAUAUUUACACUUGUACGCAGAUACGCGUCAAUUAUCGACUGAAUUUGUACAAUUACACAGAUGAAUUCAAUUUCACCGAAUAUCACAUUAAUUUGGCCGAGGCGGAACGUGAAUUGCCGCCGGUCAAGCGUACCGAUCGCUAUGAGCGCGCCAUACGCGAUUAUGAUUAUGAUGCGGCCACGAGUGAUGCCGCCAAGGCGAAUCAAGUGGUGGAUGUACCGGCGGCGGCGGCAUUAAUGUCCAGCCCCGCAGUGGCGCUGGCCGCUGCAGCGGCGGCAUCGGCGUCGACGACAAGCGAGCAAGUACGACUGAAUACGAUCAGUUUCGGCGGUGAGAGUGCCGGCAUUGGUGACGGUACGAGUGGCUAUCUCGUCGAUGAGGAGCCGCUAGACGAUGAUAUGAGCGGUGCACCCGGUAGUAUACUCUUCAAUGAGGAACGACAUCCCUUCGAUGAGAUCUCCGAAUUGAAUGAGGGUCUGAUGGGUAAUAAUUCGAUGUAUUUCUAUGUGGGCGCACGUCUCUUUCCCAACGUUAAGGGUUGUGGUUAUCCGCCUAUGCUGAAUUGUACAAUUUGGCUGAAACGCUAUACGAAGAUUGGUAUUAAGUUUCCGUGCUAUUAUUCGAAAGUCGAUCCAAGUUUGGUGAUAAGCGAUUUGGAUUAUUGGCAGAACACAUUGAAUCUGAUCUAUUCGAUGGCCAUACCAAUACCAUCGUUUAUUAUAUCGGUGAUAUACCUGACAUAUGCAUACUUCAAAAUCUAUAAUGAGGAUGAAGAAACGGCGCCGCUCGAUAAGAAUGCCGAAGAUAUGGAUAUUGAUGAGGGUGAGGUGGACGAGAGUGAUGGCGCUGCGUUGGCUAACAAUGCUGCCGGCAGUCAGAUCAUCAAUAUGGACUCGACGACGGGUGAGAGUUGCGUGGAUGUGGUACUGCCGAAUGGUGGUCCCGGCAUGACGACCUCUAUAUCGCAGGGCGGUUCGGUCACAACGCCCGGUCAAUAUUUGGCACAAUCGCCGGGCGGUUCACAAAUGACGCCCAAUUCCGAUAUGAAUUCGUUCGGUCAUCAGCUUAAAGUGCAAAUGGCGGACGAAAUGUCGCGCGACUCAUUGGAAAAUGGUGUGCUAUCAACAUCGAACUCGGUGCAGGGAAACUUGAGCAAGACGAUGACGACGAGUAUCUCAACUCCGCCUGGGCCGACAGCAGCAGUUUAAAACGCAAAGUCCACGGCAUGGAUAAUGUACGUUUUCGCAUUGGACAAUGAAAUGUGUGCGCACCAAAUAUUUAGCUUUUAAAAGUCUCAGCUCUCGUACGAAAUUACCAUUAAAUGAUACUAAUUAUAACAAAAGCAAUUAGCUAAUAUCACAUAUGUACGUACAUAUGUACGUAUUUACAUACAUAUGUAUGCAUAAGAGUUAGGCAUUCUAGUAUGCAGCACAAGCAAACUCACACAAAAGACAAUGCAAUAAAUUUCAUAAUUAAUAAGUGAACAACACACACACACACACACUAAAACAAAGGGAACUAGCAAAAUACAAACAUACCUACAUACAUAGGCGUGUAUGUACAUAUAUAUACUUGUAGUUAUGCGCUGCUUACUAUUUAAUAAUAAUAAUUAAAUUUAGUAUAUAACUUUGUAAUUGUAUUGUGAAACAACAAAUAAGCGACUUAACACACACUAGAGCGUUUAUAAUCUAGAUAUGCGAAUGGCAGAUAACAAUUUAUAUAUUAAACAGAAUUAUUGCAAAUAAAUUAAUUUUGUUAAUGAAUUGAAAACAGUUACGAAGCGAGCGUCUAUCUACAAACUAAUGCAAUACAAAAUAUGCUAAUACUCGAACGCUGCAGAUAACGAUAUACAUGCAUAUAUAUUGGCUUAGGCAUAUGCAUACAGAUACACAUACAUAUAGACACAUGUAUACAUAUAUUUUUAAAGACAUACACAUAUACUAGUGUUUUACUUUCAAAUCAAAGUCCUGAUUGUGGGCAUACUUAGACAGCUUGGCGACAGUCACAUUAAUGCCUACUUUUAGGGGUUAUAUUCACUUGCAAAUGAGAAAAAAUCGUUUUAUGGACUUUUUUUGAAAAGUUAUUUUUUUUAAUUAAUAAAUAAAAAUAAUUAGGGUUUUCACAAGUCUCAUAAAGUUAUAAGUUAUAACGAUUCGAAAACAUAGCAUUGAGAAUUGUAAAUUUGUAAACUCAUUUUUGUAUGUAAUCCAACAACAAUUUUUUUAAACAAGCGUAAAAAUUUAUAAUUUUAUGAUUUUACGAUGCUUUAUGACAGGUUGUGAGUACCCCAAAUGUUUAUUUAUAGAAUUUAAUGUACUUUAAUAAUCAAUUCAUUUUAAAGAACUUUGCAUUCCCUUGCUUACAUAACCGAUAUCCAGCAGCACCCCCAAAGAUCUUUCUGCUUAAAAUUAUCUAAAAUCCAAAAGCAAAAAAAAUAUUAGAACAAACGACUACAGGUAGUAAGGCACUAGUGAAAAUUUUGGUUUUUGACGAAAAUCGACGUUUUAUGUGAAAAAAUGUACAAUUAAGAGCGGUUUGAAAAAUCGAUAUUAUUAUCAAAAAACUUAUUCUCUAUCCUUAUCUGAGAAAUAUAUAAAAGAUCCUGUGAAAAUUUCACCGUUUCUGUUUUCCGUUUCGGUGAAAUUUUGCGCACCGACUUGGAAAACGGAAAAACUCAUUUAAAAUUUUGCGUACCGAUUACACUAAGUCAAAGAAAUUCUUACAAAUGUGCUCAUAUCUGCAAAACUAUUUGCCGGAUCAACUUAAAAAUCUCGGAGAAUAUUUUCAUAUAUGUAUAUCUGUCUUUAAUAUAUAAGCAAAAAAAUUGUUUAUUUUGUUAACAAGUGGAUAUAACUCCUUAAUCGAACACAGCAUGCAUAUACACUCGUGGCCACGCAAACCUUAUCACUACACUUUCUUAAAUUUUCUUUCGGACUUUUUCGUUCGUUCGGGAUUUUCUUCAAUUUUGUUUUUUUUAUGUUUUAGUAAGCAUAAGUAAACUAAAUUAUAUUAUCUAAUUAUAAUUGUAGUUUUUAAUUUAUUACGUUUCAUGAGUAAAACACAAAUUAGCCUUUCUGUGCUUAUACAAAAGCGGACGAUUUUAUUGUUUUUAAAGCCUGCUAAAUUUCGUGUUUCAAUUAAAAAAAAAAUAAAAUAAAAUAUGAAUUUCAAAUAUAGCGAAAAUGAAAGUAAAUUAAAAAAAUAAAAAUAGAAAAUAUAAUUUUUUCAUCGCAUGUCAGUCUCUUACAUUUCGAGCUCAUUUUGUAAAGCUCACUAUCUUCCAAUUGAUUCGUCUAUAGCUGAAUGUGUUCGGUUUUUAACUUUUAAUAUUCUAAUUCUAUACCGUAAAAAGUACCGCUAUAAAAUGUAGUCAAAUAUGCACAAUACUUGAAAAUUUUGUGUGGUAAGCUUUGCGUGGCCACGAGUGUAAGUACACAUAUACAUUCGUAUCCUCACACACAUAUAUACAUUCAAACAUGCAUACAUACACGUAUGUUUAAAACCUACAAAGCGUAUGUAUCCCGAACGGAAAAAAUUUAAUUGCAUAGUAAAUAAUAUUAGGCUGUAAGCAGAAAGAAUUAAGAAACAUUAGUCUAACUCUUAAAAUAAAUAAUAAAUGUUAUUUAGCUAGCCACUUUUACACAAAUAACGAAAUUGAAUUGUAAAGUAAACUCACCAGGCGUCACACGGGCAUUUGAUGCGCAAUAAAUCGGCAGAGUUAGCUAAAAAGCCAAACCAAGUGUGUAUGCUAGGGUAUGUCUUAGACUUGUGAUUCUUUACUGGUAAAGUGCAAGAUUUUUCUUUUUUUUGUUUUACUAAGAUGUAUAGAUUUUAUUAUAUUCAUGACCACUUUUUUUAGGCGAAGUUCUAGAAAACUAUGGCCAAUAUUUAAUGUAGACUAAAGGUUAUGUAUCAGUUAUUCCUUAUACAAUGCUAAACCAGACCUUGUCGCCAUCGACGCUUCGUCGGAUUUCUUUGUUAAUAGCAGUAAGAUCUGUAUCGUGGCCAUUUUAGUUUCCACAACUGAUCUUGAUGCGUGGUUCUUGAAAGACGUAACGAGUUUCCACCCCUCCACUCCACUCCCUACCUCAAAUUUUGAAUACAGGCUCUAACGAGCUACAUUAUAUGGUCUGUUUGCGAUGGUGAUGGGAUGCAGAGCCUUUGGCCUAGGCCCGAAUGUAUUGUCCUUCUUGCCUACCGCUACCAGCCUAGCUACGGGUUGCACCUUUCCAAUAUUCGCUGUAGUAACUAUGUAGUAAUAUAUACAGUUGGACCGAUGUCUUAUCGUCGCACGAAUAAAUUUUUAUGUGACCCUGAUGCUACCCGCAUCUGUGCAUGACGGCAAUGGACUCGGAUUGCAGAAUCACUUCCAGCGUCACGUUUGUCAACGCAGCUUUCUCCCAUUUCCAUUGGACUCUGAGAAUUUUUCCUUUCCGAUCACAGCACGUUAACGUUAAUGUGGUUCUUCGGCGGUUUUGCUAACGGCUUAGCCUCCUCAGCUGGGCUCUGUUUUUAGCUGCCACUACUGGCGUUCAGAUUUGAAAUUGAGUAAGAUCGAUUUCGCGCAAUGAAUGGGCUCCUAGAGCUCCUUGUGAGCUCCUCAUUGGUUGGCGACUGCAGCUGUACCCUUGGGAGUGGAUAUGCAUCAUUACGAUUCUCCACUUACUUUGCUUUAGCGUGAUCAUCCAGCUUAAAAAUAAGUCAUUCUUAGGCAGAUGCAGCACCAGCAGCCUUACUUUUAGUAUCUAAUUUCCCUCCCUGCUGUGUAGCCAGACUUUGGCUACACGGUUUGAUUCCGUCAACCGCUGGUGUUUCUGCCUUCCUGGAGGUAGGUUUAGCCACACUCUUCCACACACCCAGCUCCUGUCUUUUUGCUGGCUGCUCUCAAGCUCUUUGAAAUCGUAGUCCUCUUCUCGGAACAACUAGUUUCCUCCGGCUUUUUUUCUAGGGAAACCGUACCUUUAAAUAGUUUAUUUAUGUUCUUCAGGUUCAUAAUAUGGAUCCACGUGAAUUUAGGUCCACUUGCGUAUAGCCCUCGCUACGAAAGCAAGAUUGUCUUAUUACAGAGGGCGCCAGGUGUCAGUGAGCUCCAUUCUAGACUGCGCACUUAGCCACGCUGAUCCUGAGGACGGGUCAUAUGACACGUUCGCUAGCUAUAUGUGACCUGGUCUACGAAAAGGGAGCUAACGUGCGAAAACUAGUUUUCUGGGAAAAGCUGUUAAAAAUAAUCGUCAGUUUCUCGUUAUCUCAUUAAUUGUUCUCCUUUUUUUUUUGACACCUAAGCCCCCUUUCCGUAGACCAGGUCACAUAUAGUACUUCACCCUGCCAACGUCGUGAUAUUGUGAUAUCUAUUAACAGUCGGAACCUCGUGGAGGAUUAAGGGGUUUUGUCUACCUCGAAAUUUGUUAGAAAUAUUAAAAAACAAAAUUGUUUCAGUGCAUCUUCGUCUUCACUUUUAACUGAUUUACAAUAAAUAAUAAUAAAUGAUAAGUUUUUUUAUCACUACUUUUUUGCUUACAACUAAGGCGCGCCCUAAUGCAUACAUGCACACCAGCAUUCAAAUUAAUAGUAACAACAACAAAAACAGACAUUUACGAGCAAAUAUUGAGGUUGUGGGCCAAGGCUGGCCAAGCGAAGCGAACAUUUCAGCAAACGAGUUGUAUAUUUAGGUCUCGACUUGGCUUUACCACGUCGGAUCGGAAUUGUUUUCAUUUGGGACUGAGUUAAGUGAGUGAUGGCGAAAAUUUCGGUUGCAAUUUUAAUGCAUUAAUUAGUAAUUAAUAUUGCCUCUAAGUAAAAAAAAACAACAAAAACUAGACAUACAUAUAGGCGACAUAAGCAUAACGGUAAAAAAUAAAGUAAAAUAAAUAAAGAAGAUACUUUUUCUAAUAAUUUCGAAUGCCAUGAAGUACGUUUAAAAGUUAAUAUUGAAGAACUCUUUCGCUCGCGCUCUUACGCUCUUCGCUUACAAGCAUUGAUUUAUUAAGCAAACAAAAAACAAAAAAAAAAAACAAAGCAACAACAAAAACUCAAGAAAAAAUAUAUUUUAUUUAGCUAAAAUUGUAAGCACUAAAGAGAAGGCCUCGAUCUUAUCUUAAAUUAAAUUAAUUUAUAUGUAAACAUAAAUUAUAUACAUACAUACAUAUACAUAUUAACAUAAGUAAAUGCGUACGCAAACUCACAGCUUUAAACAAAUUGUAAAACAAAAUUAAAAAACAAAAAAUAACAAAAAACUAAGCAAAACAUAAAAAAUAUUUUCUUCUACCAAAAAACUCACAUCAUAUUCAUAUUUAUAAAUAUAGCAAGUACUUAAUGUAUAUUAAAAGUAAAAAUCAGGAAAGUAUAAACUUAAAAAUAUUUCAAAAAAAUUAAAGCAAAAACUAGCUUAAAACAAUUAUAAUAAAAAAUACGCAUUAAAAAACUUGAAAAGCAAAUAACAAACAAAAAACCAAAAACUUUCUUUAGCAUUAAAUUAAAAUAACAUUUAAAGCCUACUCGUAUAUAUUAACUGCUAAGCUGAGCAAAAGCAUUAAGCCUCACAAAAAUUCUCUUAGACAAAUAGGUACUCAUACUUAUUAAAUACCGAACACAAAAACAAAAAAAAAUACUCAAAAAAAUUAAGCAAAAACCAACAGAACAGUGAAAAAUACGCGGUGAUUUCCUUUUUUUACAAUUAUUCUAUAUACAUACAUAUAUAUAUAUGUUAUGCGCAUUUGCAUUUGCACAUCUAAAUUAUGAGGAAAAAUUAAUGAAUGGAAGGAGAAUAUUUAACAAAAAUUCUAAUAAGCGACAAGCGCCUAAAAUAAAUACAGUAAAUUACUUGCGGCAUAAAAGUGCAACAUUUUUAAAUGAAAAUUAUUAAUUAACUAUUGAAGUAUAAUAUUGUAAUGCUACUAGAAUUGAAACAAUAAAAGGUGAGAAAUCAAACAAUAAUAAAUAAAAAAAAAAAUAAAAAUCAACGCAUUUAGAAGCCUA